GCGCGUCGAGAGUUUGUUUGUUUGUGUGUGUGUGUGUGUGAGCGUAUGCAUAUCCAUAUCCAUUGGUGUGUUUGCGCUCUUAUUCAAAUAGACAUUCAAUGUUUUGCACUUUAAAUCCAAGUUAAUAACAUCUCGCCUGGUAGUUGCACCUUCCCAGUGGUCCCAAUUCCGAGCGUAAGGACAUGGGAUAGCUAAGUGAUCGUUAAUUUUAUCCCGGCUUUGCUUAAUCGCAUUUCUGGCAUCUCCCUCUCUUUUGGUUGUUAUCAGAGAUGCUGAUUGGCCGCGCUCUUGUCGAACAUAAACUCACGAUCGUGAGGAAUACAAUUUUGAGAUCGAUAUACCUUUUGGUAACCUUUUUCGCAAUCAUAAAACGAGAAAACUGGUUUAAUGGUUUUCCUAGGAAAAUAGAAAACCUUUUAAGCGUUUUAUGAUAAAAAAAACACGCUUUUAAAUUUCUGUCAAUUAAGCUGUAAAACAUCGAGUAUGCACAAUUUACAUAAUUUUUUGUUUAAUGUUGAAGUUUCGGGCACGAGCCUAAUCUACCUGUCUCACGCGCCCAUCUCCGGGCGACGCCAACAGAGCGUAGUGGUGGCACCAGCGUCGAGUGAAUGACUCCGUAGUGGGGCAUCAAUAGAAAGAGAAGGAGAAAAAGGCAUAGGCGAAUUAGAAGGAGCAAGGGCGAGACGAGGAGUGAUGGCCAUUCAUUGUUGUUGUUCAUCCAGUCCAAAUGUCAACUGUUUCACGCAACAUGUACCAUAAAAGCGGAACAGCGAAACGCAGAAAAAGAGCAAAUCGAUCAAGCCCAGGACAACAACAAAACAAACAAGGAAAUCUAGAGAAUCUGCAGCAAAAACAACAGAAAAAAGCAGAGGAAGAGCACUGCUAACAACGUAAACAAAAUUUAACUCACACUUACACAAGAAGGUAGAGCAACAACAACAACAACAAAAGUGAGAAUACUAGAAGAAAAAGAGCAACGGAAGAAUAAGGAGAAAGUGCAGCUGAGCUCAGUGAGGAGAGAAGAUAACCGAUAAAAGAUAAAGAUUACAGGGCGGGUGGUGGAUAGAAAGCAGGACAAACCGCCGCCAUGACAAUCAUACUCUUCCUGGUGGACACCUCCUCGUCCAUGUGUCAGAAGGCGUAUGUGAACGGGGUGCAGAAGACGUAUCUGGACAUUGCCAAGGGCGCCGUGGAGACCUUCCUCAAAUACCGCCAGCGGACGCAGGACUGCCUGGGGGACCGCUACAUGCUGCUCACCUUCGAGGAGCCGCCGGCCAAUGUGAAGGCAGGCUGGAAGGAGAACCACGCGACGUUCAUGAACGAGCUGAAGAACCUGCAGAGCCACGGACUCACCUCCAUGGGCGAGUCCCUGCGCAACGCCUUCGACCUCCUGAACCUGAACCGGAUGCAGUCGGGCAUCGACACGUACGGACAGGGCAGGUGCCCCUUCUACCUGGAGCCGUCCGUCAUAAUCGUGAUCACGGAUGGCGGGCGGUACUCGUACCGGAACGGGGUUCACCAGGAGAUCAUACUGCCGCUAAGCAACCAAAUACCCGGCACCAAGUUCACCAAGGAGCCCUUUCGCUGGGACCAGCGGCUCUUCUCGCUGGUCCUGCGGAUGCCGGGCAACAAGAUCGACGAGCGGGUGGACGGCAAGGUGCCCCACGACGACUCCCCGAUCGAGCGGAUGUGCGAGGUGACGGGCGGCCGGUCCUAUCGAGUCCGAAGCCACUACGUGCUCAACCAGUGCAUCGAGAGCCUCGUGCAGAAGGUGCAGCCGGGAGUGGUGCUGCAGUUCGAGCCUCUGCUCCCCAAGGAGGCGGCCGUCAGUGGCGCAACAGGCGGCGGGGCUGCGGGAACGGGCUCGAUAUCCCUAUCCGGCGCCUCCCUGGCCUCCGGGACGGAUCCCCCGCCCGACAUCGUUUUCCAGCCGGUGAAGAAGAUGAUCUACGUGCAGAAGCACAUCACGCAGAAGACCUUCCCCAUCGGCUACUGGCCGCUGCCGGAGCCCUACUGGCCGGACUCGAAGGCGAUCACACUGCCGCCGCGCGACGCUCACCCCAAGCUGAAGAUCCUGACGCCGGCCAUGGACGAGCCGCAGCUGGUGCGCAGCUUCCCCGUGGACAAGUACGAGAUCGAGGGCUGUCCGCUGACGCUCCAGAUCCUCAACAAGCGCGAGAUGAACAAGUGCUGGCAGGUGAUCGUGACCAACGGGAUGCACGGGUUCGAGCUGCCCUUUGGCUAUUUGAAGGCGGCGCCGAACUUCUCGCAGGUCCACCUCUACGUCCUGGCCUACAACUACCCGGCGCUCCUGCCCAUUCUGCACGACCUCAUCCACAAGUACAACAUGAGUCCGCCGAACGACCUGAUGUACAGGUUCAACGCCUACGUGCGCUCGAUCCCGCCCUACUACUGCCCGUUCCUGCGCAAGGCGCUGGUCAACAUCAACGUGCCGUACCAGCUGCUGCAGUUCCUGCUGCCGGAGAACGUGGACAACUACCUGUCGCCGACGAUCGCCAACCAGCUGAAGCACAUCAAGAACACGGCCAAGCAGGACCAGGAGAACCUCUGCCUGAAGGUGUACAAGCAGCUGAAGCAGCCCAAGCCCCCCUACCGCCAGGUGGAGACGGCCAAGCUCUGCACGGGGGCGGCGCUGCGGCGCGACCUGGUGCGCCAUCCGCUGCUGCGGGACACGUUCGCCAAGCUGCACGCGGAGAUAGAGCCCGUGGAGAACUACACGAUCGUGGUGCCCCAGCUGACGCACCAGUCGUCCGCCAAGACGUACCGCAACCCCUUCGACAUACCGCGCCGGGACCUGGUGGAGGAGAUAGCCAGGAUGCGCGAGACCUUCCUGCGACCCGCCUCCCUGGUGGCCAAGGACUCGGGCCACUGCCUGCCCAUCGCCGAGAUGGGCAACUACCAGGAGUACCUCAAGAACAAGGAUAAUCCGCUGCGCGAGAUCGAGCCAACCAAUGUGCGGCAGCACAUGUUCGGCAACCCCUACAAGAAGGACAAGCACAUGGUGAUGGUGGACGAGGCGGAUCUGAGCGAUGUGGCCCCGAUGAAGUCGCCGAAUGGCAACGGACCGGGCGGAGCGCCCCCGGGACCGCCUCCUGGAUCGGGCUCGCCCACUGGAGCGGGACCCUCGUCGCCGGGAUCCGCGCCGGGCGGAAGCGCGGGGCCCGGCAUGUCCGGAAUGGGCGGCGGAAUGUCUGGGCUCAUGCUCGGCUCCGGCGGCAGUGGCGGCUCCUCCAAGAAGCUCGACGGCACGUCCAGGGGGCGAAAGAGAAAGGCCGGACCGCUGCCCCGAGGGUUCGAGUUUCGCCGCAUGUCCACGGACUUCCGGCCGUCCUGCUCCAGCGUCGUGUCCUCCACGACGGGCAGUGGGCCGAGAUCCCCGUUGCCGGGGGCCGCGUCGUCCGUCGCUGGCUGCGACUCCUCCUCUGCAGGAGGCGACGCCAGCUCCAGCUCCAGCUGCUUCGACGAGGACACCAAUAGCAACAGCAGUUUCGUGAGCUCCACGUCGGAAGCCUCCUCGAGUGACUCCGGGAUGGCCAUGUCGCACACGGACCGCCUGGGCAUUGCCUUCGACUUCAACGAGGAGGAGACCAGCGACCAGGACACGCCGCUCAACGGCUACGUGCACAACUUCAUCAACGGGAUCAGCGAUGACUCGGCCGCGGGGGAAACGGAUGCGGUUCCAGGCGGCGUUUUAGUACCGGGAGCGUCCGCUGCCAACGAGCCGCCUGCUGGAGCGCCGGUGGUGGUGGCGGCAGCGCCAGUGACGUCACUGAUCCAGGCCAGCAAUGGCGGAGACGUUUGCUCCGCCGCCGCUGCCAGCGAAACUGGUGGAACCAGCUCGAGCAGCGCUUCGUCGGGAGUGCUCUACGUGCCGCUCAACGGGCUGACCACCCAUGCCGCCUACAGCAGCAAUCUUGGCGUCCUUAGUUCGCCGCUGGACAGCCUGAGCUCCUUGGGUGGAGCGGCAGGAGCAGCAGGAACGUCGGGAACGGCAGGAGGGGGAGGAGCGGCAUUGCUUAGUGGCGGCAAGCCGGGCACGCUGCCGCUGGCCAAUGGCUAUGGACACGCACACAGCUCAGCGAUCUCGCCACCCUCGCCGUUGUCCUUGGUGCCUCCGUCGCCGCUGGGAGCAGGUGCAGGAGCAGGUGCGCCCGCAGUCGGCUCCACGGGCCUGUCGAGCAGCUCCGCCUACUUCAGCCACAACGACAUCAACGACGCCUCGGAGAUCUCGCGGAUACUGCAGACCUGCCACAACGGGACGAGCAGCAGCUCCUCGGGCGGAUCCGGCGCGGUCAACAGCAACUUGAAUGGCAACGGCAGCUCGGAGAGCGGCGGCACCUCGUCCGACGACCACGCCUUGCUGGGCGUCAACAGCUUCGACGCCUUGAAGCGCACCGCGGGACUGGUGGGCGGCACUGCGGCGGGCAAUCCCCACUACUACUGGGCCAGUGGCCUCAACCACCACCACAACAACAGUAACAGCAGCAGCAAUAGCAACAGCAGCAGCAGCAACAGCAGUGGCGCGGGAACAGCGGCUGGCUCUGGCUCUGGCUCGGUCCCGGCGACUGGCAACAACCUACACUUGAACCUUAACCACCGGGCGCACAACAACAGCAGCCCCUGCAAGCUGGAGGGCAAGGGCAGCUCCAGCUGCGGCUCCUCGCCGACGCACAACAACGGGGAGGCGAACUCGCCGAGUCUAUCGCUGCCCCACAUCCUCAGCGAGGAGCAGCGCGAGGCGGCCCGGCUGCACAACGUGGAGCUGCGACUGCAGAUCUUCCGGGACAUCCGGCGACCCGGACGCGACUACAGCCAGCUGUUGGAGCACAUGAACCUGGUCAAGGGCGACCACGAGAUGCAGUCCGACUUCGUGGAGAUGUGCAUCGGGGAGUCGCUGCGCUUCCGCCGGCACCGCAUGGUGUCCAGCAUCCAGGAGUGGUGGGACCGCAAGCAGCAGUUGCAGGGAGGAGUCGCUGCUGGUCCCGCCCUGCCAGCUGGUGGCCAGCCCGCGGAGCAGGCCGUCGCCAAGAGUUAACGAUGGCUCAUGUGGUACCACUGAGCCCGCGGGGUCAUCAGAACCAUCUGUCUGUGAUGUCAACGAAACGAAAUCGAGGGAGGAGGGAGCAGCCGCAGCAGCAGCAGCAGCAGCCGCAGCAACCACUGCAGUUACUGCAGUCAAGAGUUCUCGUCAAUUUUCAGUAUACUGUAAAUAAAUGCCGGGACGGCCCUCACAGCUUCUGGAUCGGGAUCAACGCUGGGAGAUAUAGCCACUAUAUCUAUAUCUGUAUCGCACACCAAGCCAACCAGCAACAAUAAUCAACAACAAAACCAACAAGCAGCAACAAUUCUAAAGCAGAGCGAUCGCCACAUUUUUGGGGUCGAUCCUCGGUAAUUAAGGAAACUAGUAGUUUUUGUAGGCCGCUCGGAGGAGUCAAGUCCACUCACCAGUCAGCCCGCUGGUAUCCAUGUAAUUGUACUAUAUAUAAAUACUUAAGCUAGCUGGUAGUCAACGAUAACGUCUAAGGAAAAAUAGCGAAAAGAUUUUGUAGAAGCCGUUUCAGUUGUAUUUUUUUCUACCUAGUGAUACAUAUACUAUAUUUUUCUUUUGUACAACCAAGAACUUAGGAAAUAUUUUAAAUAGACCUUUAUUGGUAACAGUGUAUAUUGUAUGUGUAUAAACGAAAGGGAAUGUUUAGGAAAAGCUUGAGCUUAUUGAGCCUCACAUUUUAGCCAAUUUUUGUUGGAUCUGUUUCGAGAAAACGUAAAAAAUGCAAAACUACACAUGUAUUUAUAAAUAUAAAUAUAUUUAGGCAAUAAAUAUGUAUAUAAAUAUGUAUAUGUACAGAUAUAUACGUAUAUUUAUUGCCUAAACUUGGUCGGCGUUAUAUUAUCUUAAAUAAUCGUAUUAUUUCUUUUUUUUUUUUAAUCUUAUGUAACGUAAAUUUAAUUUAAUAAGAAAAUUGUGAGCGCAUAGGUUAAAGAACAAUAAUUUUUGAAAGGCAGGCAAAACAAUAAGAAAAACGAACCGAUUGUUAUAUUUUUUACGUGUAUGUUUGUAUGCAUGGCCUGUGAGCAAUUGAGUAAUAACAAAAGGAGGAAACGUGUACUAGUAGUUAGGCGCAGGACAGUGAUUUUUAAACUGCUUCAGGAUUAAAUAAUUAUGUACAAUUUAUAGUAUGCGUAUCUAACAAAUUUCAUAAGACAUCAGACAACAAAAACAGUGAGCAGCAGCAAAACAAACGGAAAACGAUGCGAAAUCAAACGAAAAUAAAAAGAGGAACCAUUGCA